AUGGUUGCCAAGGAAAGGAAGUUGAAACUUGGGCCCGGAGAUGCAAAUGCAAUGCUAAUGUACUUUAACAAGAUGGCAGCUGACAAUCAAAAUUUUUUCCACAUUCAUCGACUUGACGAUAAAGGGUAUUUGAAGGAUGUACUUUGGGUUGAUGCUAGGUCGAGGGUGGCAUACGAAGAAUUUGGUGACGUUGUAUGUUUCGAUGCGACAUAUUUGACAAAUGAUUAUGAAUUACCUUUUGCAAACUUUGUUGGAGUGAACCACCAUGGGCAGAGCAUAUUGCUUGGUUGUGCGCUAGUAUCGCACGAAGAUGCGGAGACUUAUGAGUGGGUGUUUAGCACAUGGUUGCUUUGCAUGGGGGGUAAGGCACCCAUUGGAAUAUUGACAGACCAAGAUGCUGCCAUGAGGAAGGCCCUUCGCAAUGCUAUGCCGGAGUCUGUAUACCGGUGGUGCAUUUGGCACAUCAUGAUGAAAUUUGGGAAGAAGCUUGGUUCAUAUGGUAAUUACAAAGAUUUGAAGGAAGCGUUGACGAAAGCCAUAUACGAGAGUGUAAGUCCAGAAGUUUUUGAGAGGAGUUGGGUUUGUGCCAUAGAGAAGUAUGAGCUUGGUGAUGAUGAAUGGCUUCAAGGUUUGUUUCGGGAAAGAGAUAUGUGGGUUCCUGCUUACAUGAGGCAUCUAUUUUGGGCGGGAAUGAAGACAACCCAAAGGUAUGAGAGCAUCAACAGUUUUUUUUAUGGUUAUGUUCACAAAACCACAAAAUUAUGCGAGUUUGCUAAGCAAUAUUGCAAAGCGAUGGAAUCUAGAGCAAAUGCGGAGAGGGAAGCUGAUGCAAAUAGUUCAAGGUAUCUCCGUGUUGCUGUGACAACUUUCAAGACGGAGAUUGUGUUUCAAAAGUUGUACACGGAUGCUAAAUUUAGGGAGAUACAAAAAUGA